UUAGUUAGGCAAAACAAUAACUAUACACGUGUGUCUGGAUAUUUGGACAGUAACGAGGUAUAUGAACGUUAGAUUUUGGACCGCCAACGAAGCUUGAUAGAGAUCGGUGAUCCCACAGGAUAUCGUGACGGGAGAUAUCCGAUCACUCGUGGGACACGAUCUUCUGAAACAGAUAUGAAGGCCAAGCCCAGCACAGAUGCUGAAGAACAGCUUUUCCUAGAUGUUGAUCCUCGCCACGAGGAUGUCCUCCUUCCUCUUCAUACCUCAAUUUCUUUGUUCUUGAUGUCGUAUUGUGAUUGUAAGGCAUUUAGCGUUUUCCUGGUGCUGCCAGAAGGAACUGAAAACUGCUCAUACAAUCAAGGCUUAUUACCCAGCAACGUCGAUGUCACAAUCCUCUGCAGACGUGACCUCCCGCUGAUAGUUCAGGGCUGUCGUUUGCCUGCUAUUGUGGAGGCAUCUGGAUCCUUCUGCAGAGCAGGCCUGGCCGUGGUUCUCAGACACAUUAUACAGAAAACAUGUCUUGCCAAGCCUGACAGAAAGGAUGUCAGUGAGUUGCUUGGGUUUAAAAACACUUGUCUAAAAGCCUGCGCAGAAGUAAGUCAGUGGACCAGACUUUGUGAGCUAAGCAUCCCACUGGCUGUGGAGAAUUUCCUAAAGGAACCUUCAACAGUUAUCCCACCAGAAGUGCUGCAGCUUGAGAAAAAGCUAGGAGAACCAGUCCGGGUUCAUAACGAUGAUAAAAUCCGAAGGAAAAAGCUGCAACAGCAGAAGGCGACCAAGGAAAAUAGUCCUACAGAAAGUGUCGGCAAAGCUGGAGAUGAUAGACAUGUGCAAAUGGCUGUGAGUGAUGGCCAGCUCUCUAAUCCAGCCAGUUUAGAAUUAGGAGCUGCCCUUAGUAAAUUGACAAUAGGAGGAACUCCAACCAGAACCACAAGGGAGCCUUCCCACAUCAGAAAAACCAAGGCUACUGACCUUCCUCCUCUGGAGCAUGUGUUUGCCGAAGGCCUCUACUUUACUCUUACUGAUGUUGUCCUCUUGCCAUGUCUUCAUCAGUUUCUGGUUUCUCUUCACAAACUAUCAGAAGAAAUAGUAACCAAGCUUCCCCUUAUCACUGGUUGGUACAAGCGGGUACAGCAGGUACCUGGCAUUAGAGCUGCAGCUGGUAUGUGUAGUAUACAUUUUUUAAACUUUCCUGAUAGAAGUUCACAUCAAGAACCGCAGCCUGCGCCUCCCAACGCAGAAACUGGGGACCUUGAGACACCCGACUCAGCCUUUAUAGGAGGUCCAAGGCCAACCAUGACAAAGCUGAAGAAUCAUGGUAUUGAAGCUCAGUUUUCGAAUCACCCGCACCCAUCUUGGACCAUAGAUUGGGAGAGUCUUCCAGCUGCAGCAAGUCCUGCUGAAGGGAAAAUGUCCAGUGACCGGGCUCUGAGGAAGCAACAGCAACUUAAUAAUCUGCUAUCUGUGGUGACCCAUAUGGCUAAGCCUGGAGACACUGUUGUGGACUUUUGCAGUGGUGGGGGGCACGUUGGAAUUGUCUUGGCUCAUAUGCUGCCAUUAUGUCAGGUCAUUCUAAUAGAAAACAAAGAAGAAUCUCUUGUGCGUGCUAAGGAAAGAAGUGAAGAACUUGGGUUAUGUAAUAUAUGGUUCAUCCAAGCAAACCUGGACUACUUUAUAGGGAAUUUCAACAUUGGGGUGGCUCUACACGCAUGUGGAGUAGCGACUGACAUGGUGAUUGACCAUUGUAUCAAAGCUAGGGCAGCUUUCGUCAUCUGUCCUUGCUGCUACGGAUUUAUACAAAACACAGUCAAGACCACCUUUCCCCGAAGUCACCGGUUCCAAGAGGUUUUGUCUUACAAGGAACAUAUGAUCCUUUGUAGAUUUGCUGAUCAGACAGAUGCGCAGCUUCCUGUUGAGCGGAGGAAGAUAGGAAAGCAGUGUAUGGGUUUGGUGGACCUUGAUCGAGCGUGGGCAGCUGCACAGGUUGCUUACAAAGUAGAGGUGGUGUCCAUGGAACCAGAAAGCUGCUCACCAAAGAACAACUUGAUUGUCGGUUCCCCCAUCUGUUGAUAUCAAAUUGUUGGUGCUAUCAAAAUAUUAAACACCUGCAGUUUUAAGUGGAACAGAUUACAUUAACAAUUCUGAACAUUGUGUAAAGUUGUCUUACUGUAUUGCAUUUUAAAUAAAAUAUUCUCUUUUAAGUGACCCUCUUAAA